UCGAUUCCAUGCAUCCACCUUCCUCGCCUCUUCCACUUCACAUCUCCCUCGCCUUAUUUGCGCUGCUGGUUGUGUGAUCAUUGCGCAGUUCUUUGACAUGGAGCGGCGCGGCCAUUGCCACGGCGGCAGGCCCCUGCCCCCGCCCCCGCCCCCGCCGCCACGCCGGGCGCGCGGGGAGCGAAGGCAGGCGUCCAGCGGGUCCUUCUCGGCCUCGCUCCUGGACGCCAUCUACCGCUCCCUUGACGAGGGCGAUGGUGCGGAUGUUGUUGACGCCGCGCGCUUGUCAGAGGAGAAGGCGAUGGCUCCGCCGCAGUUCUGGUGGGCGAAGGAGGCGGCCAAGCCGAGGCAGGCCACGGCCGCAGACAGGGACAGGCGCCGGGGGGUUACGAAGGUGGUUGCGCGCCCGCGCCAUUCCUGGUACGCGUCGUCCACCACGUCCUCGUCGGACUCGUCGGCUAGCUACAGCAGCUUCUGCUGCUCGUCCGUGUCGACCACCGACACUGAGUCUACGCGCCGCCGCCGCAACAGCCCGCCUCAGCCGCGGCAGUCUGUUGAAGUAAUCGCCGCAGACGCCGAGGAGGCAGCAGCGUCACCUAGGAGCGAAGGAAAGAAGAAGAAGAGUAGGCCGUGCUUCCCCGGCGCAAGAAUCCGGCCAAGGAGCCCUUCGCAGUCGUCGACGGGGCCACUGCCGCCGUCCCCGGCGACGUUCGCGUGCGCCCUCAAGGCUCUGUUCACCUCAGCACGCCUCCAAAGGAAGCCCAAGACUCAGGCCGCUGCUCCACCGCCAAUCGCGCUGGCUCCGCCACAAGCAUCGUGCAUGCCUGCGACGUGCAGCACUGCGAAAGCGGUGGACGCGCCGGAAGCGUCGGAGCAGCGGUCGGUGAGGUUCUGCCCGGACGCCGAGGCGUCAGUGGUGCGGCGCAGGGUGGAGGAGCUGGUGCGGAGCCUCGAACAGUUGGAGGAGGACGAGGAGGGGAGCGACUCCAGCUCCGACCUCUUCGAGCUGGAGAGCCUUCGCGGCUCCGGCGGCGACGAGCUGCCCGUGUACGGCACGACCAGCCUCGCGGCCAACCGCGCCGCCAUUGUCCAUGGGGCACCUUGUUAAGAUCCAAAAAAAUACCGUCAAAACAUCGUGAUUACUAUGUGCAUUUCUUGCAAUGCCAAUAACGCUGCAGUAUUUCGUUAAAAAAUAAUGCUGCAGUAUGGCGUCUAUUUGUCUAUAUUUGAAGUUAAUUUGUUCGUUCCUUCAAAUCUAGUUUUGGCAAACUUGUUUAAAACUGCAAAAGAAAACUGUCGUCGUCGCAA